UGUAUUCCGUUUGUUGUUGCCAGUGAGCGGCAUCACUAUCAAAGCUACAAGUGGGCAACAUAGGGACAAUUUGUCUGUGAUAUAUUCAUAUUAAAAUUAGCGUAGCAUCCGGUAUACUGUAGGUGAAGCGGUUUUUUUAACAUGAAGGGACCCCCGAGGCUUUUUUUUUAUAAACGUGAGCUAACCACAGUUUAAACACGGACUGUUGUUGCUCUCCUGGCGGUGGAUUAGGCUGCUUACACAUUUUUACGCUGGAUACUUUUAAAGGCCUUAAGUCAUGCCUCGGUCCACAGUUGUGCUGUGAAUCCGCCAAAACGUUACUUCAAGUCAGUGACGCGGAGCCGAAGUAGGCGCUACAGCGGGGCUACACAGUAUUGUACCCCUCGUAUGAAAGGGCUGGGUCGCAGACAUGCACUCACCAUCUCGUCAGGGCUAUGUGUCUAUAACCUUCACAGGACAAGAAGGAGGGGGCAGUUACAACAACAGUAAGCAGUGGAGGAGGCAGUCCUGCUGGAGAAAAUGGAAGCAGCUGUCCAGGUUGCAGCGCAGCGUCAUCGUCUUCAUCCUCGUCCUUCUUUUUAUUUGUGGUAUUUCCUCAUAUCCUACUGUUACUGAUCACCUCAGAGGCCUUACAGGAGGAGAGCUGGAGAAAGACAGCAACAGUGUCCUGAGGCCCGUCAUCCCUCAUCUGCUUCCUGAGCCAGUCAAAGAAGUCCAACCACUGCUGCCAGAACAACCCUCCCAGAGGAAAGUGUCCAAUAAGAGAGGACCUCCUGCCCUCCUGAACCGCCUACAGAAGAAAGGAAACACCUCAGAGCAGCACGACAAGGCGUCCAACGUCAAGAAUGAGGAGGGAGUGAUCAGUUGGCGGGGGUCUGUGAUCGACACCCACCAAGCCACAGAAGGUGCCAAAGAUGACUCACCUGCUAACCAAGAGGCCAAUUCUACUCAAGAGUCAGUAUCUAAAUGGCUGGAGGUGGUGCGGGAGUCUUUCAGACAUGCAUGGAAGGGCUAUAAAGACUUUGCCUGGGGCCACGAUGAGCUCAGACCCAUCUCCAAGUCCUACAGCGAGUGGUUCGGUCUGGGCUUGACGCUCAUCGACGCCUUGGAUACCAUGUGGAUCCUGGGACUGAAAGAAGAGUUUGAAGAAGCGAAGUCAUGGGUUGCCACGGAGCUCACCUUCAACAAGAACGUAGACGUCAACCUGUUUGAAAGCACCAUCCGUAUCCUGGGAGGCCUGCUGAGUACAUAUCACCUGACAGGAGACACUCUGUUCCUGGAUAAAGCUAAAGACAUCGGAUCCAGGCUGAUGCCGGCCUUCAACACCCCGUCCAAGAUCCCUUACUCCGAUGUGAACAUUGGCAAAGGCACGGCUCACCCCCCCCGCUGGACCUCUGAUAGCACUGUGGCCGAGGUCACCAGCAUCCAGCUGGAGUUCAGAGAACUCAGCCGCCUCACCAAGGACCCUCAGUAUGAGGCUGCCGUGGCUGAGGUGAUGAAACAAGUCCACAAGCUGGAUGGAAAGCUGGACGGCCUCGUGCCCAUGUUCAUCAACACCAACAGCGGCCAGUUCACCCAUCAGGGCAUCUACACACUGGGAGCCAGAGCAGACAGUUACUAUGAAUACCUGCUCAAACAGUGGGUCCAGGGGGGCAAGAAGGAGGACCAGUUCAUGGAGGACUAUCUGCAGGCAGUAGAGGGAGUGAAGAAGAACCUGUUGCAGAAGUCUUCACCUAAUGGUCUCACCUUUGUUGGAGAAGUCUCACAUGGACAGUUCAGCCCUAAAAUGGACCACCUAGUGUGUUUUCUGCCAGGCACUCUGGCUUUAGGCGCUCACAACGGCCUGCCUGCUGAUCACAUGGAUCUAGCCAAACAGCUGAUGGAGACCUGUUACCAGAUGUACAUGCACAUGGAGACAGGCCUGAGCCCGGAGAUCGUCCACUUCAACAUGCACCAGGGCAGCACCCGAGACGUGGAAGUGAAGCUCGCAGACAGACACAACCUCCUGAGACCAGAGACCGUGGAGAGUUUAUUCUACCUGUACAGGUUCACCAAGGACCAUAAGUACAGAGUCUGGGGCUGGGAGAUUCUCAAGAGCUUUAACAAAUACACUAAGGUUACCUCUGGCGGCUACACCUCCAUCAAUAACGUGCGUGACCUGGACUACCCAAGCCCCCGAGACAAGAUGGAGAGCUUCUUCCUAGGAGAGACCCUAAAAUAUCUGUACCUGCUCUUCUCCAACGACCCCGACCUCAUCAGUCUAGACCAGUACGUCUUCAACACUGAAGCUCAUCCGCUGCCCAUAUGGCCUUCCACUGCGUGACACACACACACACAAACACACAGACAUGCACACACCUGGAGGAAUUCAAAUUUUUUUAAAAACUUCACCUCUUAACACCAUCAACAGCUCAGGGUUUGUCUUAGACCUAGAGAAUUCCUUCUUCUUCUGUCUCAGUGACUGAAUGUUGUUGAAACAACAAAACCCUGAACAAAGACCACAACUGGAAAAGCCCUCUUUUUAUACUGAUGAUGGAAUCAAUAGUUUGAUUUGUGCUAAAAGCCAUGAAAAAAUUACAAGAGGCUGGUUCCAUUAGUGGCAACGCCUGGUUUAUUUAUUUGACUGGUUAUGGACAUCUGAUAGAGACAGAGUUAAUGCUGGAGAAAAAGGAAUGUUUGUCCUCCCGACCAUCCAAAGGGUCAGUUUUGAUGAAAACCCUGAUUGUGACUUGAAUCAAGUGGUCUUAAUUACAUGAUAAAGGACCAGUGUGUAAGAUUUAGCAGAAUCUAUUGGCAGCAAUAGAAUAUAAUUUUCAUAGGGAACCUCACUAGCCCCGACCUCAAGAUCCUU